UCUGUGUUUCUCUAUGUUACUAGAGCUGUAGAAGCUGAGAAGUUCGAGUAUAAUGGAGUUGGAUCGUAUGGAUAGGCUAAGUGAUCUACCAGAUGCACUCCUCGUGAAGAUAUUAUCCUUACUGCCUACGAAACAAGUCGUCUCAACAAUGCUUCUGUCAAAAAGAUGGCAGUUCCUUUGGAUGUUUGUGUCACGACUCCAAUACAGUGACGACGAUGGUGGUGGCCAAGACGGGAGGUUCUUGCGGUUUCUCUACAGUUCUUUGCUGCUGCACCAGGCUAAGGCUCUCGAGAGUUUCUCUUUGAAGCUUGGUCGAAACUCUGGGGAUAUAGAUCUCGGAGUAUGUGUUACACCUGUUGUUAAUCGCUCUGUUCGAAUGGAUAUCGAGAUUGAUGAUGAUGCUUCUUCUACCGAAACUCGAUUCAUACUUCCACGUAGCUUAUAUACAGGAUCUAGAACGCUUGUGACUUUAAAGCUACGAAACGCGGUUCUUGCGGAUGCGGCUUCGGAGACGGUUUCUUUCCCUUCCCUUAAAACUCUGAGCCUUGUAUCAAUGAAGUACCCAGGUGAUGGGUUUAUCAGCAAGCUUCUGUCUAGUUGUCCUGUUCUUGAAAACCUGUUUGUGGUGAAAUGCCGAGGUGACAAUGUGGCAUGUUUGGUUGUUAGAGUGGCGUCUUUGAAGUUUUUAACCGUGCGUACCACAGCAGAAGUAGAGUACAAUCAGGGGUUGGUGCUCGAUGUUCCUUCUCUGGAGUUCUUGGACAUUGUUGAUUAUACAGAUGGGUUUUGUGUCGUUGAGAACAGUAUGCCUAAGGUGGUACAGGCGCAUCUUGAUGUGAUUUAUAGUCAUCCUCAGCAGCUUCUCGCUUCCCUUCCUUCACUCGUGCAGCUUUCGUUAUGUCUAACGACUUCAAUGGAUACACAUUUCGAUGGAACAAUAUUUAGCCAGCUUAAACAGUUGAAAGUAUGUCCUUGCGGCGAGUGGUUGGAUCUACUUAUGCGUCUACUCAAAACUGCCCCUAAACUAAGGUUUAUUGUCCUUGAGCUGGCCCAUGGACUUAGAACUGAAGGUCCGCCCCUGGGCUGGAACCAACCCAGCCGUGUUCCUGAAUGUCUAUUGUCUAGUCUUGAAUAUUUUGACUGGAGGCAAUACGGAGGAAGAGAAGAAGAGAAACAAGUCGCAAGAUACAUCUUAGGAAACUCUGGUCGUUUAGGACUCGCAACUUUCUACCCCAAAUCAAAAAAUCCUGUGAAGAAUCUGCAGAUGCUCACGGAGUUGUCAAUGUUACCAAGGAGGUCUUCAGUCUGUCGGGUUGAGUUCUGUGGGAAUUACAAUCCUGUCUCAAAGUGAAAAGAUUUAAGUUCAACGGCAUGUCUUGAUUUCUUCUAAAGUUACCUCUUUAUUUGGAUAUCUUGAAUGUUUAAUUCUAGUCUCAGAAUAAUCGUUACAUUUUGAUUGUGGGGGAAGUAUUGCCAUCCUGACGUUGGACAUUGUUGGAAUCUUUCAUUAUAACAUGUCUCCAAAAUAAACUACGUUAAAUACUGAUGAAGUAAGUCGUUAUAGCAUUCUGACGUUAACCGUUGCGCUAAUACUUAUACGCCAUUUGCCAAAAACAUCGAGAGAAAAGUGCAUUACGACGUCACCUUGUGUUUUACUAACAGUUCACGAGAGUGUGCAUACAGACGAUGAUUAUUAGUGCGACAACCACAUCAGCUAAUGGGUGUGGUUAGUUACCAUUUGUUACGUUGAAGAACAGAGAAUAUAAGUAUACGUGGGGUUGUAGACUUUCUUUUUUUUUAACACUGAGAUUAGAUUAUCUUUAACCAAGGAUUACACAAGGAUCAAACACUAAAGCCGGCGAGUCACUAAACUCCCGGAGACUAUGGCCAGGGGAACAAGGAACAUUCCCCGGAAACAUAAGCCGACAGACAAACAAGUCCUCGGAGACAGACAAAGACAAAAACUAUUAAGUGGUGUUUCUAAACUUCAUAGUCAAAUAAAAUGGUGGGUCCAUGUAAGGAUAAAUAAAAAUGUCACUAAACUUCCGAAGACUAUGGCCAGGGGAACAAAGAACACUCCACGGAAACAUAAGCCGACGGACAAAACAAGUCCUCGGAGGCAGACAAAGACAAAAGCUAUGAGUGGGGUUCUAGACUUUCAUAUAAAAUGGUGGGUUUAAGAUGUAAAGGAUAAAUAAAAUUUGGUACUUUAAAAUUAAACAAGAAGAUCAAGUGUACAUCAAAUUUCAUUUGUCAGUUCAUAUCAUUUGAUAUC